CUUUUUAAAUUGGUUUGCUAUCAAGUCAAACAGUUAGCCGUUACAGCUCUCUCAAAACCUUAAAAAACGAUUUAAAAAUAUAUAUGUGAUAUAUUUGACAAUCGGAAGGUCCACAUCUGUUCGUUGAAGCUACUCUUACUACAUUAUAUCUUUUAUCUCUUAAGUAAGUCACCAUGGGCGAAGUGGAGCUGUCCUGUCGGGCCUAUGUGAAGAUGUACCUGCACGCCUGUCUGUUUCCCCGCUGCAGCAUCAACGGGCUGCUGUUGUCGUCGAGCGCAGCGGGCGGCGCUGUGUGUGUGACGGACUGUGUACCGCUGCUCCACUCCCACCUGCCCCUGGCUCCCAUCACUCAGCUGGCCCUCACACAGGUGGAUGUGUGGUGUUCACAGACUCAGCAGAGGAUAGUGGGAUACUAUCAGGCCAACGCCUGCGUGUCAGACAGCAGCCCGACUCAGUGUGCACUGAAGAUAGCUGAUAAGAUUUCUGAGCAGUUUGACAACGCAGUUUUGUUAAUGCUUGAUGGCAGUAAGAUGUCUUCAGACUAUCGGGUUCCUCCCAUCGUCAUGUACGAGCGCAAAGAUUCAAGAUGGAUGCUCAAAGACAAACACACGAUAAUGCUGCGACAGUGGGAGGAGACUCGGGCGAUAGCCAGUCAGCUGCUGGAGUCGGGCGAUCACUCGCUAUUGGUGGAUUUUGACAGCCACUUGGAUGACAUCACAAAGGACUGGACCAAUCAGAAACUGAAUACCAAGAUAGCCGAGCUGGCCUCGCCGGCCAACGGGAACAUCUAGAGGAAGUAGCAGCAGUUUGUACUCCAGAUCCAGAUUUAUUUAUGUUCUCACCCGUCAUCAUGUGAUUUUUAUAACCGACACAAACACGCAGAGGUUAGGUUUAUCUUUAAUGCAUCUUCCACUGAACAGGGACAAAACAUUGACAUGCAUAAAUAACAUAAUAUUUACAGCUUGGUAGAUCUCUGCAGUCUUUCCCCCCACUCAGAGUGCCUUGUGGUCCAGCCCAACACCUGACUAUUUAAAGGAAAAAUUCACCUUAAAAACCCCUUUAACACUAUUACAAUGCACCUGUGGUCCUGUUUUCCUCUUUUGUUGCUUUUUAAAUGUUGUUUUAUGUUCAUCACAAACUCCAGGGGGUGGAAAAACAGAACAAAAAACCUCUUAAAAUGCAAAAGCAGUGCAGUAAGUUGUAAAAACAAAUUAAUUGAAGCUCAAAAUGUUUGGUUGAGUUGUCAGGUUGAAGAUCAAGAUGAAGGUGGUAGUUUGUGCCAUAUUUUUGACGACAUGAGUCAAAUGUUGAAUGGUUAAAUUCAUAAAAACACAGUAGUUUGAUGAUGCGAGACAGCUUAUAAAACGAAAUAUAUAAUAAAAAAAUAGACCAGAAAGUAGUGUGACAUUUAACCUAACUGUCCUCAUUUCACAUUUUAAAUCAUAAAUAUUUUAUAACACACUAUAAUGUGAUUGUAAGCAGAUAUAAUGACAUUUUUAAUUGUUUAUUUAUGUAUUUUUCAACAAUAAUAAUUCCACCUGAAGGCAGCCGAGAGCAUUUUACUCAUUCGUUAAUGAUUUUUUUUUUUUUUCAUGCUGAAUCACUUCUUUUCCAAGAAACUAAUACACUUUUAUAGUAAACACAAGAUUUAAAGUGGUGCUUCUGCACGAUUCUUUGUGGAGUUUUACAGAUCCGUCAAUUUAAUAAAAUAAUCAAUUAGUCGACCAGUCGAGGACAGCCCUACUUCAUAGUAAACAUUAUAUUUGCUGACAAGUACUGUGCAUUGAUAAACACUUAGAAAUAUCCUUUAUAGCUGCAUACAAGUACAUUAUAGUGUGUUACAAGCAGUUUAUUAAAUGUUUAGUGGUUAUUAAUGCUAAAAAAAAGGAGGGUUAAGAACAUUAGAGACGCUGUUAAAAAUGUAAAAAACAGAAUUUACCUCCAAUUGAAUUCAAUCACAAAACAAUGUAUUUUAUCAAGAGGAAAUCAUCAACUUUUGCAAAUAAGCAUUUCCUGUAUUAGGAAACAGACACAUCAAACUGAACCACCAACACGUCUGACAACAAAAACAAAUCUGAGCUGCAGCAGACUGAAUUUACUGCAAGACUUUUGCAUGAAAAUUCAGGAUGUUUUCUUCUUCUUCUGUAUGCCCCUAACCUUAACUUGCAUAACAACAGUAAAACAUUUAAACUAAAACUAAAGCAUUGUCAGAACACUAACCCCUAGUCUUUGUUUUAGAGGUAAGUCAAAGGUAAACUUGGUACACUGAUUAAUUUCUCACAUAAUAACACAAUAAAUGCACCGAAUGUCCAGAACGGAUGAUUUCUAACAGUGAAACAGAAGUAUAGAAGGUUGGAUUUUUCCUUUCCUGCUGUGUUUUUGUUCUUCUAAUACAUCAAUAUACAACCUGGAACCCACAUUUGUAAAUGUAUCAAUGUUUGUAUUUAACUACAGAAGCCUAACAUGACAAAAAAAAUUAAGACAACUACCCUCGACUAACCGACGUUAUAUUAAAAAAGUGAAAAGUG